AUGAGUGACUACGACUUCCUCACCUAUUACAGCUUUACCGGACCGGUAUCAUUCAAGGACGUGGCUGUGGAUUUCACCCAGGAGGAGUGGCAGUAUCUGGACCUUCCCCAGAGGGAUCUAUACAGGGAUGUAAUGCUAGAGAACUAUAUCAACCUCAUCUCAGUGGGAUAUCAAACCACAAAGCCAUCUGUGAUCCACAAGUUGGAACAAGGUGAAGAACCAUGGAUGAUGGAGAGAGAAAUCCCAAGUUGGAGCCAUGCAGAAGAAGUCUGGCAUCUUGAUGACCACUUGGAAAGGCAGCAAGAGAACCAAGAAACACUUUUGAAGUAUGUUGCAUUCAUCGACCAGGAAACUGUGACAGAGAAAAAGGGGAACAAGUAUAAUGCACUUAGAAAUAUAUUUCCUCCGAGCAUAGACUUUGUUUCUUCCAAACAAAGACCCCAAAAAUAUGACUCCUGUGACAGGAGUUUGAAUUAUUUGGGUUCAUUUAAUGGUAACAGAACAUAUGCAAGAAAGAAGGAAUGUAGCGAAUGUGGGAAAGUCUUCUUCCAGAAGUCAGACCUCAUUAUGCAUAAGAGAACUCAUACAGGAGAAAAGCCCUUUGUGUGUACGGAGUGUGGGAAGGCCUUCAGCAAGAAAUACAAUCUUGUUAUCCAUCUGAGGAUCCAUACGCACGAGAGACCUUAUGGGUGUACUGAACAUAGAAAAGCUUUCGCCCAUAAAUCACACCUCAUCGAACACCAGAGAAUCCACACUGGGGAGAAACCCUAUGAAUGCCAUAAGUGUGGGAAGGCCUUUUUUCAAAAAUCACACCUCAACAUUCAUCAGAGAACUCAUACUGGAGAGAAACCCUAUGGGUGCGAUAAAUGUGGGAGAGCCUUCAGCAUGAAGUCACACCUCUUUGUACAUCAGAGAAUACACACAAGAGAGAAACCUUAUGUGUGUACCAGGUGUGAGAGAGCUUUCAGUGAAGUGUCCUGCCUUAUGAGACAUCAGAAAGUCCAUACUGGGAAGAAGCCUUAUGAAUGUAAUGAGUGUAAAAAAACCUUUUCUGAGAAGUCUGACCUCAGUAUACAUCACAGAACUCACAAAGGAGAAAAGCCCUAUGAGUGCAAUCAAUGUGGGAAAGCCUUCAGACAUAGCUCAGCCUUCUGUUGA